AUGACUUCGACCUCCCCGCCUCCACCCAGGCGAUUCACCCCCGAGCCCGUCGAGACCACCGUCAGAAGCUCAAGAUCAGCUCGCAGCCAGUCAGACCACCCCUCGCCCACACUUGCUACAAGUAUAACCACCUCAUCUUCAGAUCCCGCAUCCUCCAUGCCUUCCCCUCAGACCAAACCUCGCAGGUUCUUGCCUCAGCCGGUGGAAGAGACAUUUCGGAGUUCUAGGAAGAAGAACAUCGUGGACGGUGUAGAAGAUUCGACAACGGCCAAGGAGACUGGUGGCGGUUCUACGAAUGAAUCCAGUAUAAAUGCCGACACAUCGCCCGACGAUUCUGCCUCCCAUUCAGGUAUACACAGAAGCGGUGCUUCUGCGGGACCCAGACGGUUUGUACCUGAACCCGUGGAAACGAGUACUCGGUCCUCGAGACGGAAAUUCGCCCCGGAGCCUGUGGAAACAAGUACGAGGAGCAGCAAGGACAGAGGCAGCGUCCAGGAAGGGGAGACGGCCAAACCGCGAAGGAGGUUUGCCCCAGAACCGGUUGAGACGACGACAAGGAGCUCCAAGGAGAAGAAACCCCAGGACGAAGAAGAAACAACCUCGAGCCGUCCUCGUCGGAAGUUCGUCCCGGAGCCCAUAGAAACUACUACAACCACGAGAAGAAGACGCGACCCUGUCCCAGAAGAGCUGGACGACGAGCCUCAGAAAACCGGCGAUUCCACUACUUCUAGUAGAGCUUCAUCCGGACCCCGCAAAUUCUCUCCAGAGCUAUUAGAGACUGCAAAAGGUUCCUAUCGACGUGUCCACCUUUCUACUCCCGAAGUCAGGCCAUCACCCUCACCGAGUCGACGAGAGCCUUCUCCGUCACCAGCGGAGGAAGAACAGACGGUAGACAGUUCCGGGGUUGAAGAAUCGCGCUUCUCUGCGGCGGCUCUCGCCCGAAAGCAGCCAGAGGCCUUACGCCAGCAUUCAUUCGCCAUUCCUGACCUACCUAUAAUAGAGUCCACCUCAGAAGAUGAAGGCUCCGAAGCACCUUCGCUAAGCGACUCACCUUCGUCCGUGGAAUCAUUUGCGAAGAGACCAGCUCCCAGUGCAAAGGACAGCUAUACCGAAUAUGUGCUACGCUUGGCUGCCGAGACGGUGAGCGAGAAGGAACUAGAAGAGCAGGCAAUGGCCGCCUACAUCAAUGAACGGCCGCAUGAGCCUGUAGACCACUUUGCCAUCUCACGCGAAGAUGAAGAGGAUGGUCCUUUGCCGGUGCCAAUGUUUCAAGGCGAAAAGGGGGCCGAUGCACGCACCUUCCGACGGUCGUCGGCGGCAGAGUUGAAUUUGGAGAUGGAGAACAUGCGAAAACAUCACCAGCAGCUAGAAGCGGCGAAACGAGAGCUCAAGGCCGAUACCGCCGGGCAGAGUCGGUUCAGUGCCGCGGCGUUGGCAACCCGGCAUGCAUUGGAGGCAAAGGGCUUGAAGAAGAUGAAGAAACCCAGGGCAGAGGAGGAAGACCCUGAAAUGGCCCGUAUGAGGGCUGCUGCGUCACCUCCGAUGCUGGGCAGUGACCUCGUCUUCCCCUUCACCAUCUCUCCGAAAAUGACGCGCUGCGACCCUGAUCAGCCUCCAAGACCUAGAACUGCGGAAAGUGACGAUGAGUCGACGGAACCCAGCAGCCCUGAGCUUUGGAGACCACACAAGAAGCGUGAGAACAAUGCUGGCGAAGGGCUGUGGAUGGGCAUGUGUCAAGCUGGACUGUGGCAACCUAGGAGUCCACAGGACGGCCUGCGCAGUGGCAUUCAGACACCUUCCCCUGUCACUCCAGCAGGGGAAAGGAACAAUCCUUUUGAAGCCAGCACUCCCGGUCGGGGAUAUCAGACCCCUGGCCGACGCCGCCAACACCUGUCAGGUCUAAGCUUUCUUCCAUUGACCCCGCCCCGUAGCCAAGACGGCGACGAUCCGUUCACUAGCACCAUUGACAAAAAGCUGCGGAUCGAAAAACAAAUCGAGGAGGAAUUCCCCAACCGUGUAAUCACCCAGAUAUACAACUACCUGAGCCUGGGGUACCCCAGCCUCGCACAUAUGUUUGACGAAGAACUCAGCAAGAUUUCUCGCAUUCCUAUCGAAGAACUGCGCAAAGACGAUCAUAACGUUGAUGCCAAAGGGUAUGUGGGCGCUCCAGAGGGCGAUGGCUGGGAUGAAGCCGAAGUCAUCGGCAAGUGUAAAAGAUGGGAGGCGUUGAGGUUAUAUGUAAGGGAAUGGGCCCGGCAGAGCCCGAACUUCGCGGAAGAUCGAAAACGCGCAUGUUUGGGCGCCGACGAGGACUGGGGGGCAAGGGUCAGAAAGGGGAGCUGGGCUCAUUAG